AGGCGGGUCACAAGAGUGAGUUUAUUAUUUUGGUUGGAGAAUCCUAGUGUGCAGAAUUUGUGGUGAUGAAAAUGGCGGCGCUGAGCCGGACAAUCAUCUGCCUGCUCAGGAAUGACCUGCGAUAUCACGACAAUGAGGUGUUGCUCUGGGCUCACAGGAAUGCAGAUCAUAUUGUCCCACUCUACUGCUUUGAUCCAAGACACUAUCUGGGAACACAUUACUACAAUUUUCCCAAGACAGGACCCCAUCGCUUGAAGUUCCUUUUAGAAACUGUACAGGAUUUAAGAAACACACUCCAGAAAAAGGGAAGCAAUCUGUUACUCAGAAGAGGACAACCUGAAGAUGUUAUUGAGGACCUAAUCAAGCAGCUAGGUGGAGUUUCAGCAGUGGUUCUACAAGAAGAGGCAACAAAGGAGGAGCUGGACGUAGAGAAAUCAGUGAAACAAGUCUGCACUCAGCAUGGAGUCAAGUUUCAUACAAUCUGGGGGUCCACGUUGUAUCACAGAGACGAUCUACCAUUCAGACAUAUCUCCAGUUUACCUGAUGUCUAUACCCAGUUCAGGAAGGUUGUAGAGGCGCAAUGCAAAGUACGGCCAACCUUGCAAAUGCCAGAGAAGCUGAAGUCGUUGCCAGCAGGCCUAGAAGAAGGCUCUGUCCCAACAGCAGAAGAUUUUGAGCAACAAGAUCCUUUAACAGACCCUAGAACGGCGUUUCCUUGUAACGGUGGUGAAAGUCAAUCCCUACAGAGACUGCAGUAUUACUUUUGGGACACAAAUCUUGUUGCUUCUUAUAAAGAUACUCGCAAUGGACUCGUAGGAAUGGAUUAUUCUACAAAAUUUGCCCCAUGGCUUGCGCUGGGCUGUAUCUCCCCCAGAUAUAUAUUUGAGCAGAUCCGCAAAUAUGAGAGAGAUCGAACUGCAAAUCAGAGUACAUACUGGGUAAUCUUUGAGCUUUUAUGGAGGGAUUACUUCCGCUUUGUGGCUCUGAAGUAUGGAAGAAAGAUAUUCUUUUUGAAAGGUCUACAAGAUAAAAAGGUUCCUUGGAAAAAGGAUUUAAAGCAGUUUGACGCCUGGAAGGAGGGUCGUACUGGAGUUCCUUUUGUUGAUGCCAAUAUGCGUGAACUAGCCAUGACGGGUUUUAUGUCAAACCGUGGACGCCAGAAUGUGGCCAGUUUUCUAACCAAGGAUCUUGGGCUUGACUGGAGAAUGGGCGCAGAAUGGUUUGAAUACCUCCUGGUGGAUUAUGACGUCUGCAGCAAUUAUGGGAACUGGUUGUACAGUGCUGGAAUUGGAAAUGACCCGAGAGAAAACAGAAAGUUCAACAUGAUUAAACAGGGUCUGGAUUAUGAUGGCAAAGGUGACUACAUCCGAUUAUGGGUUCCAGAGCUGCAGGAAAUAAAAGGAGGAGACGUUCAUACACCAUGGGCACUAAGUAAUGCAGCCCUGGCACAUGCUAAUGUAACUCUUGGAGAAACCUACCCAUUUCCAAUUGUCAUGGCACCAGAGUGGAGCAGACAUGUGAACCAGAAGCCAGACAGUGGUGCUACAGCAUCUGGUAGAAGACCUGGACCUUCACACAUGCCCAAACAGCACAAGAACAGAGGGAUAGAUUUCUACUUUUCUAGAAAUAAAAAUGUAUGAAUGCAAUGAAGAAUGUGGCUGGGACAAUGGGGUAUUUUCAGGAAUUUCAGGGAUAAGUGCAUAAAGUAGUUAUAAAAAUCCUUCUUAACAGAAGAGGCCGGAAUCGCGAACAUCUGACCAUUAGGAUAUUUGCUGUUCAAGAAUAAAAAAAAGAUUUUAAAAAAACUCUUACUUAAGGGCUCUUUCACAAAAGUGGAUGCCAUGCGGG